AAAUGUAACAUGCGGUCACCUUGCUUGCGUUAUCAUUUCAUAAUAACAAUACAAAAAUCAUGUCAUUUAUAAAAAAAGUUGAAUUACUACAGCAAAAGAAAAUCAUUUAAAUAUGGCAUACCAUUUCUAGUUAUGAUGGUUGCUGGCUCUUUUGGCCUACAACAGUUUUCCAACCUGAGAUACCAAUACGCCAAGAAGCAACCGGUGUCUCCAGAAGAAAUGAAGAAGUUCGGGGUGAAUAUGAAGAAACGCGACGAAGUGACGCUUGAAACCGAGUAUGAUAAAGUGAAAUCCAUUGAUAUUGAAAAUUGGUCCAACAAGCGCGGCCCACGUCCUUGGGAAGAAGGGAAUGUGAUUAAUGCAUCGCCCGCUAAACAUUAACGUAUUGUGAUGUAGGCAGUAAUUAUAUUUAUUUAGAGGCAGUUUGUAUAUAAAAAAUUAAAUAUUUGA